AUGAGCUUAUUGCUUGUACCCAUUCCAUUAGAAUCAGACCCACGCAUCUCCAAUGUGGUAGUAGAGAGAAGGCAGCCCUGUGAUCGUGUGGCUAUAUCGAACUGGGAGCAGAAGCAUUCCGCAGUUCUUCCUGAUGAUCUUCGUAACUUUUAUACUUCAACCGAUGGCUUCCAGCUCACUUGGCACUAUAAAUAUUCUGCUGACGAAAUAUUACCCGUUGGGUCUAUUCGUAUAAACACAUUGAACGAGUUGUAUCUAUCGCCGGCGUUGAAAGAUCUUUUGGAUUUCUCGUUGACAAGACAGACUUCGGGCCCUCGACCGAUUCUCAACACGAAGAGUAAGGUCUUCGAAUUGGAUUCAUGUCGCAAUAUUGGCAAGGUUUGUUUGAUAUACACGGGCGGUGCUUGGUCAGUGUGGCUUGCAGCAAGGGACGGUGCUUGGGGCUGGUUAGCCGACUCUUUCACUCAUUACUUCAGAAUGGCGUUAGUCCACCUAGGACUUCCUGGCUGGCAGGCGUUGUUUGCUAAUUUGCCGCUAAUACCAUGGGCUGAGCAACUGUUCCUCCUUCUUGCACCACAUCUCUUGGAGAAGAAUGAGUCCGACAACAGUUUAAUAGCAGUAAACAAUGAGACAGGACUAAAUCACAUCGACCCAAACAUAUUUAAAACAUCUGCGCGUCACCACAAGCACUCAAAGCCUGUCAACCAAUAA